GUCCCGUCACCUCCGUUCCGAGGUUUACAGAGCGGUCAUCUCCGCCAUGAAACCCAGCAGAUAUGCAAGAUCCCGGCAGAAGGCCUGUCAGAAUUGUUCCACUGCCAAGGCGAGAUGUGACCGCCGUCCACAACUCUGCGGUAGAUGCGCACAACGCGGCCUCAACUGCGCUUACCUUCGCGAGCCGGUCCGAACCCCGGCGGCUUCUGUCGACGGCUCACGGCACAGUGACAACACCAUCACUCCCAGCGCCGGCAGAAGUCCGCUGCCCGGUGCUUCGUCCGGACACUUGACAUCAACAACUCCCGGUGGGCCAACCGUGAUCUCCUCAGAAGCGCCGGUGUCACCACCACAACCACUACGACCACCACAACCUGCACCGGCAGCUCCGGCAGCUCCAAACGACCAGGAUUCAACUCCAGAUAGUACCUCGGCGCGUGUAGACAAAGACCUCGUCUGCCCCAUAAACGCAGACUACAUCAGCAGCCGUUGGCUGAAUCAAUACGUCCCAGUGCCAGGGCAGACGGUCAAAGACUUCCCAGGUCACAUCAAGGCUUUCAUGCCCAGGAUACUCGGGUCCUAUGCCUCAAUGGCCGUCCGCGGGCGCCAGCUCCCCCCUUUCAUCCACCCAGCGCAGAUGCAUCCUCCGCUGGCUCGGCCUCCGUUGUCCACCUGCCUGAGCCUGGUCCGCAUCUGCGAGCGCCUUCUCCCCGGCAGUGACACCACCGCCGCGGACGUGAUGCAGAGGGAGGCAAGCAGCAUCUUCGAGCAGCACGCCGCCAUGACCGACGGCAUCACCCUGCUCUCGGCGUUCCAGGCACACCUCCUCUACCUGCUGGUCAUGUUCUCCAAGCUCGGCCACCUCGUCGGCCACUCCAUGCGCCGGAUGAUGAUGGACCUCCAGGAGCUCGCGUCGCUGUGUAGCAAGCGCGGGCUGGUCUGCGUGGCGGAACAGAACCGGGCGAGGCCGAGUUGGGAGAGCUGGGUCGUCGCCGAGGCGAAGCGCCGGACGCUUUACACCAUGUACCUCUUCGACAACAUGCUGUCUACCCACGAGGGCCUUCCCAGCUUCUUUGGCACCGAGCUCAAGGGCUUGCCUGCGCCUUCAAGCCGGAGCCUGUGGGAAGCCAAGACACCGCAGGAUUGGGAGGGGGAAUAUAACAACGAUCUGGCGGACUGGGCCGGGCCAGGUCUAUCCAUUGAUGAGCUCUGGCCAGCCCCUUCAUGGUUAGACGUGGCUGGUCUCGCUGAGCGCCGAAAGAGAGUGGACCAAUGGCUGGAGGGAGUCGAUGGAAUGGGGACCAUGCUCUUUGCUAUCACUAGUUCCCUGCACAACGUUUGACUCUUCCCGCCCCCUUUUUACCCCUUAUAUGUAUAGUUGCCUGGUACGGCCAAAGGAUAAGUUGUCGUAGUGUAUUACACAGCUCUUCUAAGCUCAUGUGGAAGCAUGCCGUGGGGCUGAGAACUGGCCGCCUACCACUGGGCCACAGUUAAGGCAUUCUGUUUAUCAACUACUAAGUGACUCUAGGGCAUUUUGACCGUUUCAUAGAUUCAACCAGCUACGUACCGUUAGGGCAAUGACCGCGACAACAGCACAGGGUUUGGUCUCAAUAGGUCAUGUUUCGUGACGGAUAACCACGGGAGUAGUUUAAAA